GCUACCUGCGGUGACGAUGUUGCUGGUGGCGGGGCUGAGGUUCCACGCUCCCGGCCUAAACCGAUGGCAGCAAAGCGUUGGAAGAUGCAGGGCGCUCCGGCAGACGAAGAGGCUGGCGGCAGUCCUCGAGACGCGCCAGCCCUUCACGGCUCCGCACUGCAGGCUGCGGACGCUGCUUGGCGCGCCCGGAGCCUUUGGAUGCGGCUUUUGGCUGGCGGGAAACAAGCAGGUUCCAUUUCCCCAUGCAGAAUCUCUCUGCCGCUUUGGUACAUCAUCCCUCAAGGAACAUUCACAAUUUGGAAGAUUAAUUUAUUCUGGAAAUUUAUCAAAAACUGUAUUAGGAGUGAAAAUUUUCUGUUUUACCACCAGCAUAAUUACUGCUUCCAUGUUGAUGGGUAUCAUAUUCAAGUUUGGCUUAAAUGUUGACAAACUCUACUUGGAAAUUGCUUUUUAUAGUGUCACACUUUUCUUUAUUUUUCUAACACCAUUUCUCCUCCAUUUAUUUACUAGAAGGUAUAUUAUCCGGCUAUACCACGAAGCUAAAACAGACACAUACACAGCAGUUACGUACAGUGGUAUUUUGAAAGAAAAGAAAACUCUAUUCCAUCAGAAAGAUGUGACUGUUCCAGACAUCAGCAAGAUAUUCACAACAUUUUAUGUUAAAAGAAGAGCAAUGUUUGUUAAUCCAUUCCAUUUUCAUUACGCUCAAGACUACAGCCAUCUAAUGGGUUAUGACAAACCCUUUCAGUUUGAUUUGAACGACUCAGAUGAUGAAUAGAAUUCUAAAAUGUCAGAAUCUUUCUAAAUGUAUUACCUUAUUCCUGCUUGCUAUUCAGAAUUCUUUCAUGGAUUCUAAGUGAGCCUAAU